AUGGGAUCGCUGUUGAUCGCCCUGAUUCUGGUUUUAGCUCAGCCUCUGCCAGUCCACGGCACGGUCUAUUUCCGGGAGCAGUUUCUGGACGGAGCAAAAUGGAAGGAGAGAUGGGUGGUCUCUCAGUAUAAAUCCAACUAUGGAAAAUUUAGAUUGACAGCUGGAAAUUUUUAUGGUGAUCGUGAAGCAGACAAAGGUCUGCAGACAACUGAAAAUUUAAAGUUUUAUGCCAUCUCAUCACGAUUUAAACUAUUCAGCAAUAAAGGAAAAUCAUUGGUAAUUCAAUAUACAGUAAAGCAUGAACAGAAAAUUGACUGUGGUGGUGGUUAUGUGAAAAUAUUUCCUUCCAGUCUGGACCAAAAGAAUAUGAAUGGGGAAUCUUUUUAUUACAUCAUGUUUGGGCCUGAUAUAUGUGGUUCUGAUACAAAGAAAGUCCACAUAAUUUUAAACUACAAGAAUAAAGUUUAUCCUGUAAAGAAACAAAUUCGCUGCAAAGUAGAUGGGUUCACACACCUAUAUACACUGGUUUUAAAACCGGAUCACACGUAUAAAGUGAAAAUUGAUAAUAAAAUGGUGAUAUCAGGCAUUUUAGAAGAUGACUGGGACUUCUUGACACCAAGGAGAAUAAAUGAUCCAGCAGUGAAGAAACCAGAGAAUUGGGAUGAUGAAGCUGAACUUGAUGAUCCAGAGGACACUAAGCCAGAGGAUUGGGAUAUUGAUGAAUACAUUGUGGACAACAGCGCUGAAAAACCUAAAGACUGGGAUGAUGCAGCACAGGGCACCUGGCAGCCUCCUCUGCUCAAGAACCCUCUCUACAGGGGGGAGUGGCGGCCCAGGAAAAUCCCAAAUCCCAACUACAAAGGCAUUUGGGCCCAUCCCCAGAUUGCGAACCCUGAAUAUGUGCCAGACCCAAGCCUUUCUAUUUAUGAGAACAUCAGCGUCAUUGGUCUAGAUCUUUGGCAGGUGAGAUCUGGAACUAUUUUUGAUAAUUUUUUGAUCACUGAUGAUGAAAAGUAUGCAAAGAAAUUUGGUGAUGAAACAUGGGGCAAAACAAAGAAGCCAGAAGAGGCAAUGAGCAAGAAAGAAAUAAAGAAAGAAAAGGAAAGGAAACAGAGAAAAACCCAGAAGAUGCCAAAAAAGAAACCACCUCAAAAGAACAAAUCUGAGAGGAUUGUAGCGCAGAAGGAGGAGCUCUGA